GGCCAUAGAAGAUUUCUUAAGUAAAAUAGACCUGCCAAUCAGUCCCGCUGACAUAGCUGAUAAGAUGGACGCUCAAUUUAGUGAAGAGGAGGUCCACAAGGCGAUAAAAGCCCCUAGGCUAGACGACCUCUCCAAUCUAUAUUAUAUAACUUUUGCAGACACUAACACCAUACCUCACAUCCCUUUUUAG